UGGUUUUGAUUGUGCCAAGCAGGUUCCUGGGUGGAGCUCCACUUCAGCAGCAAUGGGAACGGCAGUGGAAGCACUGCCACUCCGGUGGGCCAGGAACAAGUACCAGCCUCUAUUUCCAUUCACAAUGGUGACAUGGAGAAAAUACUCCUCGAUGCUCAGCACGAAUCUGGAAGAAGCAGUUCACGAGAAAGUUCACAUUGUGACAGCCCUCCUCGUUCCCAGACACCUCAGGACAGUCACAGAGCUUUGGAAAUAGAGAGUCACAGCAGUGGAGAAAAGAACAGCUUUCAGUCUGAAGAAGAUUUUCUUGAAAGGAGGAAAGAAGUAGAAAGGCUCCUGAAGAAGAAUGCAGAUUGGAUAUGGGAUUGGUCCAGCAGGCCGGAGAACAUCCCCCCAAAGGAAUUCCUUUUCAAACAUCCCAGGCGCACAGCUACUCUCAGCAUGAGGAAUACCAGUGUGAUGAAGAAAGGGGGGAUAUUCUCAGCAGAAUUUUUGAAAGUUUUUCUUCCAUCUCUGCUACUGUCUCAUUUGCUUGCCAUUGGACUAGGGAUUUACAUCGGAAGACGCCUCACGACCACAGCCUCAAGCAGCACCUUUUAAAGGCCCCAGAAAUCUGUUCUUGAAGCAAAUACUGGCCUGGAAGGAUGGGGGUGACGAGCGGAGCCGGCUGAGAGCGCUGAGCCACCAGUGUGGGCUUGGCCUGUGCCCGGGGUGCUGGGGCCUGGCGAGGAUGGAGAUGGGGCACUACGGCCGGUGUAUCUCAUAUAGUCUUCUGGAUCAAUUCAUAGAGCUUGUUUCAGGUGCAUUAACAUCUCUUUUGUUGCUUUGUAGUGAAGUAUCUUUGGAAAUUAAAAGAACUCGAUGUUUAAAAGCAAUCCUAGCUUCAGCAUAGCGGUUGUGGUGCAGCUGGGUCCUCCUCUGGGCUGCUGGGAGCGUCGGUCGCUGCUGCUGUCCCCGCGGCACGGGGUGGGCCCUGGGCGAGGCCUGGCCUCCCCUCCCUCUCUGGGAGUUGGGGGGAGCCCUGACCUCGCUCCAGGCUUUGCUCGGUUCCUGUGAGAGGGGAAGUGCUGGGCAACGGGAGCGGGAGGGACGCUGCCACCCUGGUACCACGCGACAGCCUCCGUUACAACCUGGACUUCGGUGCCUAAGAAGUCGCUGCUUUUGCCAAGACAUCUAUUUACCCAGUUAAUAGAAGUUCCUUCUGUUGUAUCUACUUGCCAGACUACUGCUUCUCGGUCUUUUUAUCUGUAAAAUAAUAAAUUUGCAUCUUGGAUUUGCCUCAUCCUUGUAUAGAUUUAAAAAACGGUUGCUUGCUUCUUUGUUUUUACUAAUGGAAUGCCUUUUCAUUCAGUGAUUUUACCUUAUUUAAUGAGGAGAAAAUGAAUGUUUGCCAAAAUACCAUGUUUUAUAUAUUUAAAUAAAAAGGUUCCUUGUGGA